UAGGCCGCCGGCUGCGUCCUGAGCGGGGCCCUCGCGCUCUCCGUGGCGUCACGUGCGCGACUCCUGGCUGGGGAGAUGCCACCGAAAGGGAAAAGCGGCGGCAAAAGUGGGAAGGGAGGAGCUGCUGGCGGUGGGGGCAGUGCCGAGAAGCAGGCCCCGGCCCUGAAGGGCGGGGGCAGCUCUGUGAAGGUUAGACACAUCCUAUGUGAAAAGCACAGCAAAAUCAUGGAGGCCAUGGAGAAGCUGAAGUCUGGAGUGCGCUUCAGUGAAGUAGCCUCACAGUACAGCGAAGAUAAAGCCAGACAAGGGGGAGACUUGGGCUGGAUGACCAGAGGUUCUAUGGUGGGACCUUUCCAGGAAGCAGCAUUCACCUUGGCAGUCAGCAGUAUGGAUAAGCCAGUGUACACAGACCCUCCUGUCAAAACGAAGUUUGGAUACCACAUAAUUAUGGUUGAAGGGAGAAAAUAAAAUACAAAAAAGAGUGAA